GCAAAUUACUGUUCCGUUUGCCGAACAAGCUCGAAGAGUUCCUGUUGUUUAGAUCGCUAGAAGCGAUUGUGGGGUUCUCAUAAUCUCGUCGCUUUCAACCACGGAGCCCCCUAGUGGCCCGUCAUCUCAGCGAGCCAUGGCGAGUGUGUCGACUAUGGUACGCCCUCCCCCUAGACGCCCCGGGCCGCCCGGACCUCCGCCACCAAGCGGCCGCCCUAAGCCACCCCCACCACCCCCCAAAUCGGCUCCACCGCCGCCACCACUACCCCCCAAAUCCAACGGACCUCCUCCUCCGGCGCCACCCAAUGUGCCUCCGACCCCGCUCAGUAAACGCCCCGCUGACUCGGUGGAUGCACCGAUUGCGAAGCGCGCUCGCGCUGGUUCCGUGGGUCAACUUUCCAUUCGAGCUCCCGUGGUCCUCCGUGACGUUAAUGUUUUUACCAAGAAACAUCAAGUCGGACAGGGGACCUACGGCAGUGUUUUUGUGGGCCAAGACAAGGUCACUAACGAAAUUGUGGCUCUGAAACGGAUCAACACGAAACAGGAGGAGAACGGUUUCCCCAUUACGGCUCUUCGCGAAGUCAAAAUCCUCAAGGUUUUGACGCAUCCCAAUAUUGUGACGCUCAAGGAAAUCGUGACAUCCAAAGGUGCGUUUUCAUUUGCGGAAGAAAGACCUGGGCUUUCGUCUCGCGAAAUCCCCAAAAACGUCUUUAUGGUCUUUGAAUACCUCGAGUAUGAUUUGACCGGCGUACUGGAGACCUCCGAGAUUCGCUUGACGCAGGAUCACGUCAAAUCUUGGUCUCAGCAGCUUCUUGGUGGUGUACAUUACAUGCACACCAACAAGGUCAUCCACCGCGAUUUGAAGGCUUCCAACUUGCUGAUCAACCGCCAAGGCGAACUCAAAAUUGCCGAUUGGGGUUUGGCCCGUAGCUGGAACAGCGAAAUGAAGCGAUUGACGAAUAAGGUGAUUACUUUGUGGUAUCGUCCUCCAGAACUCUUACUCGGAUGCUUGGAGUAUACCGACAAGAUAGAUAUGUGGAGUGUCGGUUGCAUCAUUGCCGAAAUGUUCCGUCGUUCCGGCUUCCUCAAGGGCAGCAACGAAGCCACUCAGUUGGAUUUAAUAUUUCGUACUUGCGGCCAUCCCACGAAGGAAGAGUGGCCGUCUCUAGGAGACAAGUGUCGUCUCUGGAAGAAGCUUGGUCCCAAUGCGGGUCAGCCUCGAUUCCCGAAUCGGUUGGCGGAAGCUCUCCGAGCGAAACUUCCGAAUCCCAAGUGGAUGACCGACAAUGCGAUUGAGCUUAUUGCCAAGCUGAUGGCGUUGAACCCUGACCACCGCUGGUCGGCCGAACAGGCGUUGGAUGCCGAGUACUUUUUCGAGAAUCCGAUCGUCAAGCCGGCGAACAAACUGGUGAUGAAUUUCGCCGUCCACAGUGUACACGAGUGGGAUUGCCGCCGCAAGUUUGAACAAAAAAUGGCUCAACAGCGCCAGGCCCAACAACAAACCAAUGGGGUGCACAAGUAAAUAUACACCGUCAGCAAUUGUGUUGGAAGUAGGACGAAGACUCACGAAAGUGAGACGACACAUUGAUCGAUCUACACCCCCUAUUUACCCUUUCUACCUAUCCAAAAACCUAUAAAAAUUUCCAUCUACAUGUA